AUGGAGUGGAGAAAUGAUGUUUUGAGUUUCAGCGGUUUUGAUUAUGGUGUUGCAUUGAAAAAUAAUGGUAUGAAGUUUUGUAUCACUUGAAGACUUUCAAAUUUUUUCAGAAAAUAAAUUUGACCAAUUAUCAGAGAUACAAGAAAUAAGCGAAGAUGAAAUAAGCCGAAAAUCGGAAAAUGUUGAAAGGGAUAAAUAUUUGAGAACAACUUGUAUGUUUUCAAAUCACACAUUAUUUAUCUGAAAAUCAAGUUUUUCAGAUAUAAGUUCGUUGUCAGAUGAAAUUGCAGAAUCAACAGCAAUCGAGCCCAAUUUGAGUAUUGAGGAAAAUGCGAAAAAAGAAAAAGCUAACACAAAACGGCUGGAUUUUGAGGCAAUUAAUGAGAGAGCUGUUGAGAAUUUGUAUUUUAGAAAUGUAGAGCAAGCGGAGAAGAAAUGUAUGUUUCAUGAAUUUAAAUUAUUUUUACGAAAAUUUAAGAUUUUCAGUGACAAUGAUAAGUCAGAUGCGGAAUAAAUGGCGUAAAGGUGAGAUGAUAAAUCGAUCCCAAUUGAAAACAACUCUUCAGCCGAAUCCAUGGAAAUUUGA